AUGGAUAUAGCUCUAGGAUUUUUAUGGGCCUGGGAUGUCUACCAUAAAGUUCUCACAUCGUACCUCGCCAAGAAAUACAGAACCGUUCCUUUGCCUGACACACCUUCAUACCACUGUAAUGAAGUGAGCAUCAUCGUCCCAACCAUUGAGACCGAGGCAACUUUUACGGAAUGCGUUCGUCUCUGGCUGCGAAGCAACCCCCGCGAGAUCAUCAUUGUCACCGUCCCGCGAUACAAAGCCCACGUUGAGCAGCUUGUGCAGCCAGUAAAGGAUCUCACAGAUAAGAUUACAAUUUUGGUUGCACCCGUGGCCAACAAACGCCAACAGAUCAUGAUGGGGGCAAGGAAAGCUACAGGAAAGAUCAUCGCUUUGGUCGAUGACGACGCCUAUUGGCGGGGCUCUGGAGUAAUGCCCUACAUGCUUGCUGCGUUCGAGGAUUCAAGCGUUGGUGGAGUAGCAGGGCUUCAGAGCCCUGAGAUUCCCCUCGAGCGUCAAGAUGCAAGCGUCAUUACAGUUUGGGAAGCUGCUGCCGCCCUCGAUAUGUUCAAGAUGAACCAUGAUCAGCCUGUACGAUUCACAGCCGAUGGAGGCUUAUGGGUUCUGUCCGGACGAACUGUCUUCAUCCGUGCAGCUAUUUUGAAAGACCCGCACUUUGCAGAAGCCUACACCCAUCAGGUUAUUGAUGGUAAGAUUGUAAACGGUGCAGACGAUGUCUGGGUGACGGAGUGGAUUUUGGAUCACGGCUGGAAAAUUUGUGUGCAGAAUGCACCAGAAGCUGAAAUAUUUACGAACGUCCCACACGAUCGGAAGUUCUUGCUGCAGAAUCUACGAUGGGAAAGAGGCAACUUCCGCUCAUUUUGGGAACGCAUUUUUGGUAACCCUGGAUAUCGCACAAUGAAACAGAGGCAUCCACACUUAACAAGCGUAAUGAUUGAGAAGCUCACUCGACCUGUCUGGGUUUCUGCGUAUAUUGUCGCUUGGUCGACCACGCUUCAGACUGCGCCAUGGCUUGCGGCUACGUUUUUGCUGUGGAUGACCUUAGGCAUGGGCGGAUCAUUCUGGACGUACCGGGCUUUUGUGAAGGAAUACCCGUACAUGGCGGGAAAAGUUUGGAAACUGAUGCUCAUGGGUAAUAUGGGACCUGUCAUGGAUAUCUAUGCAUUUAUCACUAUGAAGGAUGAUAGGUGGUUAACAAGGGUAGCUGAUGCUCAAUACGUUAAGGCUUAG